UGAAAAGCAUGUGGGUAGAUGUCGCUUGUAAACCCUUUUUACGACGGCAACGUAUUCCGUUGGCCAGUCGAAUACAGAGCUUCAAACUAGACGGUGUUUCAUUUAUUUCAUUGGCUAACGAGCUGUGGUUACCCGCGCGUGUGUUCGUUAUAAAAAAAACGAUAAUGUCGAGUGUUAUGGGUCAUAUUUCGAUCUUUGAUCAUAAUACUCAGGAUUGGCAAAUAUUUCUCGGUCGCCUUGAACAAUUUAUUAAGUUAAAUAAGAUUGCGGACGAUAACAAAGGCGCGUUGUUGCUAACGCAUUUGUCCGAUGAAACUUAUCGUUUGGCACAGAACUUAGUUCAUCCGAAAAAUAUUGUGGAUGUCGAGUUCGACGGUCUAGUGAAGGAGCUCAGCGGACAUUUUACACCGAAGCGGUGUACGUUCGCCGAUAGGGCGAAAUUUUAUGAAGCGACAAGGGCGAGUGGUGAAAGUGUCGAGUCAUGGGCGGCGCGGCUGCGCGGGCUCGCGGUGCACUGCGAGUUCGGCAGCGCCUUGGAGCUGCUGCUGAGGGACAGGUUCGUGCUGGGCAUGAACGCGGGCCCCGAGCGGGACCGCCUGUUCGAGACGGACGCGACCACCGUGACCUUCGGCAAGGCGCUGGAGGUGGCGCAGCAGGCGGCGUGCGCGCGGCAGGCGCGCCAGCACCUGGCGCCGCCGCCCCACGUCAAGGAGGAGCCGGUAUACAGGGUGGGCGACGACAGGGACGUCCACCGAUGUCAAGUGUGCGGGUUGAAAGGUCACGAGGCCGACAAGUGUCGUUUUAAAAAGUAUAAGUGCAAGCAGUGUGGUGCCAAAGGGCAUCUUAAAAAAGUUUGUGCUGUUAAAAAGUGUGCAAAUCGGUUAAAUAACCUGUGCGCGGUCGAAUCUUCCGAUGACGCGGAGGGUAAAAGUGACGGCCAUAUUUGUAAGGAAUGCGAAGUAUUUAACCUGAGGAUUUCUAAAUAGUGCCAGAGGAGUGUAAAGCAUGUGGGUAGAUGUCGCUUGUAAACCCUUUUUACGACGGCAACGUAUUCCGUUGGCCAGUCGAAUACAGAGCUUCAAACUA